GCCUGGAGAGCUCGCUUCCCAGCGCUCAUCCCCUCUGGGUACAGCGAACCCUCAGACUCAUUCUCGCCAUUCCGCAUCGCACAAAAUAUUAUUGCAAAGGUAUGGCUGAUACCGCAUAGAUCGGGUCUGCAGAUUUUCGCAGAGACAGCAGGACACAACAUGUUGUUUCAGCAGCUCUGCGAAACUUCUCUCAACGGCAUCACUUCAUUAACGUUCACCCCUUGAAUUUGUCGAUACUUUCUGAGUGCACUGCAAACGCGAAGAUGAAGAAGCAGAAUAUGCGAACGCUGUCACUGGUAGUGUGCACCUUCACCUAUCUACUCGUUGGUGCCGCCGUCUUUGAUGCACUUGAAUCGGACACCGAGCAAAAAAGAUUUGAGUUUUUAACAGAUGUCAGAGAAAAUCUGUUACAAAAAUAUAAUAUUUCACAUGAGGACUACAAAGUGAUAGAAAUUGUUAUAAUUGAAAACAAGCCGCACAAAGCUGGACCACAAUGGAAGUUUGCGGGGGCAUUUUACUUCGCAACUGUGGUUUUAGCAAUGAUCGGUUACGGACACUCCACCCCAGUAACUAUUGGCGGGAAAGCCUUUUGUAUGGCGUAUGCUGUAUUUGGCAUCCCUCUAGGUCUUGUCAUGUUCCAAAGUAUUGGUGAGCGUCUCAACAAAGUUGCUUCGGUCGUUAUAAAACAGGGAAAGCAAUGGUUGCGAUUUUCCAAAACGGAAGCUACUGAAAUGAACUUGAUGUUGGCUACAGGACUGCUGUCCUCGAUAAUCAUCACGACGGGUGCGGCGGUCUUCUCCAGAUACGAGGGUUGGAGUUACUUUGACAGUUUCUAUUAUUGCUUCGUCACACUAACAACCAUCGGAUUUGGGGACUACGUGGCUCUACAGAAUGAUCAUGCAUUGAGCAACAAGCCAGGAUACGUUGCCCUAAGUUUGGUUUUCAUCCUGUUUGGGCUGGCGGUCGUGGCCGCCAGCAUCAACUUGCUUGUGCUCCGCUUCAUGACCAUGCAAGCCGAAGACAACCGACGGGAGGAUGACGUAAUGCAGUCCGCGUCACACCAUGUGGUCACCUUUGAAGGCGACAUUAUGUCCCUGAACGGAAAAAUCCUCUCUGGCCAUUAUCUGAGCUCUUCCAUGGCCACAGUUGACACAGAUCAAGUGUCUGUGUGCUCUUGCACUUGCCUCGGCAGGAAGAGCGCCACCCUUUGCUUGCCAACCGUGUGUCGACCAUUGUUGGACAGAAAAGUCAAGAGCCCGCCCUACCCACCGUCCAUGACCAAUCAGCAAUUCAAGAGGAUUAAAAGAGCCUCAGUUUAGAACCCAUCUUGCUUUACCGCAUUGUUCAAGAUAAAAAGUUUUGAAACCAUAUAUCUAAGGUUAAUAAAUAGUAAGACCGGAUUA